UUCAAAGUUAAAAGAAUAGAUUUUUUUAUAAAUUAUAUUUAAUAUGGCAGAUUAGUGCAAUGAGUUUAAGUUUCAUUUAAAAAAUUAAAAUAUUUUUAUUAAAAUAUGUUUAUUAUAAUAUUUUUUGAUAUAGUUUUAAGAAAUUUAAUUAUAAUUUUAGUUGUAUUAGUAGGGGUAGCUUUUCUAACUUUAUUAGAACGAAAGGUUUUGGGGUAUAUUCAGAUUCGUAAAGGGCCAAAUAAAAUUUUAAUUAAAGGAAUUUUACAACCUUUUAGAGAUGCAGUAAAGUUAAUAAGUAAAGAGUUUUUUUUAAUUAAAAAUUUAAAUUAUAUAUUUUAUUUAUUUAGACCUUGUUUUAGAUUUUUGUUAAUAUUAAUAAUAUGAUUGUUAAUUUCAAAUUUUUAUAAUUUAUUUUGUAAUAAUUUUAGAAUAUUACUUAUUUUAUGUUUUUUAAGUAUAGGGGUUUAUAUAAUAAUGUUAAGAGGAUGAUCUUCUAAUUCAAUGUAUUCUAUAUUAGGAAGAAUUCGGGCAGUUUCUCAAUCUAUUUCAUAUGAAGUUAGUUUAAUUUUACUUUUAUUAAGUAGGUUAAUAUUUAUUGAAAGUUUUGAUUUAAAAAUUUUUAUUAAAAUACUUAUGAGAUCUGCGUGUCUCUCAAUGGAAACGCCUUAA